AAAGUUUGGCACUUCGGCUGUUUCCGGAAGUGUUCGUGUGUUUUCGGCGUCACCUUCCGUGCCCGCGGGGGCAGAGCGAACAGAGAGCAGCACGCAGCGCUCCGGAGCAGCUCCACUCAUCUGAGCGGAACACGUUCACACCUGGCGGGACAGAGGAGAGCAGUUCGGCGGCAGAAGCGGCUCCUCUCAGCAGCUCCCGGGUUAAUCACUUGAGGAAUGCGGUGCCACUAGGACGGGAAAGCGGAACACUUCAGUCAACUUUGACUCAACUUUCAGCAACUUGUGAAGAGAAAAAAGCGGGGGUCAUGGCCACGGGCGGGUUUAAGUCAAACGCCACCACGGACUUUCUGGAGGAGUGGAAGGCAAAGCGGGAAAAAAUGAGGGCCAAAAUGUUGGGGGACAUCGCCGCGGCCACCGGCGCCCCCCUGAACACCGGCGCCAACAGCAGCCCGGAGCGGGGCGCCUCCGCCGGGAACUGCCACCCCUCCUCUUACGCGGUGGUACGGUCCUCCUCCGGCGGCGCUUUGAGGAGAGCGGAGGAGGAAGCGGCGCACCGCCCAGUCUCACCGGAGAGCAGCCCCAGGAAGGCCACGCCCCCGGCGGACAAGGCUCCGUGCGCGUCCCCGGACUCAAGCCCCAUGGCGGGAAACGACGCCGACAAGGAGAGUCCAUCACCCAGCAAGGGUAAGGAGAAGAAGAGCUCCGGGCCCAGCGCCAGGAAGGGCAAGGGGCAGAUCGAGAAGAGGAAGCUGAGGGAGAAGAGGAGGUCAACAGGUGUCGUCAGCAUACCGUCCAAUGAGAGCCUGGAUGAGUUUGACGAUGAGGAUGUUGGGGAGAAGGACAGGAGAGAGGAAGAGGAGCUGGUCCAGGCCAACACUUUCCAGAAUGAAGCCAUGACCUCUGAUCCCAGCUUCAUCGCGGAGACGCCAAGAUCUGGAACCGGACGCCACAAAAGCUCUACAGGCUCUGAGGAGGAGGUCGACGGGAACAGCAGGCAGGUGUACGGCCGCCAUGGUCGGGAGGGAGGAGCCACGGGACCUGGAAAUCUGGAGAGGAGGGUGCACGAUCUGGAGAUGGAGCUGGAUUUCGCCUUCAAAGAGAACACCAAGCUGCUGAAGGUCAUCGAGGAUAAAGAUGAUCUCAUCGGCAAACUAAAAGAAGAAAUUGACUUGCUGAACCGGGACCUGGAUGACAUUGAAGACGAGAACGAGCAGCUCAAGCAGGAGAACAAGACUCUCCUGAAAGUGGUGGGCCAGCUGACGAGGUAGAAGUUCUCCGCCCGGCCUUCCUGGAGGGGGGGUCAUCCAGCCCUGCAGCAAGGUCUCUUAGCUGUAUGAAUGUCCGUCAGAGGGCGGGGCUGAAGUUCUUCAGAGGCCCUAAACAAAAUAGUCUUUUGAGAGUUGUGGUGGAGGAUGUCUGUCACCUUAUGCAUAUUUAAUGUAAAUGUACUGUACAUAGAAACAUUUAGGUUGUUUGAUUUUUGAGGUCUUAAAGAAGAAAGAAUGUAUGUGCUGCAAAAAACCAGCACUGGGAAGCUUGUUCCGAGUCUGAACCAGACAUUUCCACUAUCCAGCGUUGCAAUGUCCAGAAACACUUGGAUCAAACACCGUCACUGCUACAGUACCAGCAGCCAAAGUGGGCGCCUUGCAAUGUUUGUAAGACUUUUGUACAUUCUUUAAAAAAAAAAAGAAAAAAAUUGAAGCCUGGAGCUUUAUUAAUGAACACUUAGACAUUUAUGCUUUUUUUUGGUACAUUUCCAUUUGACAGCAGCACGUAGAAGUCUAAAUAAAGGAAGUUUUAAAUACAAACAAGAGGUUAAGGGAAGGUCAUUGCUUGAUGAAGUGCUCCAGAGAUGUUGAUGCAUCUGAACUGUGUUUUUUUUUGUCUUGUGUUCUAACCAAACAAACCAAAAGAACAUAUUUGGAACUGUUGUGUUUACUCAAGGGAACGGGCUCCUUUACCGCGCCGGAUAAUCUUUAGUCAGUCGGUUUUCCAGCAUGGGGGGAGUAAAGAUCAGCCCCUCGCAGACAGACAUCACAGACCUAUCUCUUUCCAUUACAUUAUGCAUGUACAGAAGAUUAAGUCAUUUAAUAAAAGUUUGAUUAUCUCUCUCCUCAGUCGA